CAUGUCUCAGUCCGUGCAACGCUGUCGGCGCAGGCAGAAGUGAGGCCAUUGCUGUUCUCGUCAGAAAAGGGUUAAUUUUUACAAAAACUUUUUACUCCAACACGGUCUGAAUUGAAUUGAACUAGUUGUACAAGAAGAUGUGGAAAAAAUAAAUUUUCAACUUUUUGGGUGAGAAUUGCUAGCGAAAAGUUGGCGUGUAACGCGGAGAUCCUGUGACCAAUUCGAAUCCAACCACCCAGGGUUUCCUAGUUGUUAAUAAAUUUACGAGUGAAACUGGUGAUAUUUUUAUUAUUGAGAGGUAUACACGAGUGGACACUUGUAUUCAAAGUAAUCUCAGAUUAUUCACUGAUAACAAGAUAUCAGAGAGAUUAUCAUGUGAAAGACAAUGCCUCAGCCGGAUGUGGGGUUCUUGCAUGCAUCCGGAUAAUGCCUCGGUGGGUAUCGAUAAAUGAGAAUCAAGUCAGCGAGAUCAGUCCAAGAGUGGACGUGUGGAGGAGACAGUUUUCUUAAAUUAUUGAAAAAAUUAAGCUGGAAUAACUCGUAUGGAGGCAAAGAGGACAAUCAAAUAGCGAAAAAAGUGCGACGGACUGAAUUCGUGAUGGCAGUUCUGAAGUCAUGUUUCUGCUACAGUUUGCGCCAGGGGUCCUUCAUCAUUGGAAGCUAUGCACUGAUCGUCUACUGCGUCGCAUUUGCCGUUGAAUUAUGGUGGAUUGUCGAGUCCAUGUUGAUCCUGCCAGCCCCCGCUUACACGUUGUGCUCCCUCUACUUCUUCAACUUUAUCAUGGCAGCCGUCCUCCUGUUCGGACUCUUAGUUAGACAACGCAAAUAUUUGAUGAGCUGGACUCUGAUGACGGUGCUGUCCUUCUUCCCAGAAGCAGGGAUGGUCCUCUUUAUGUCCUUGUACUACUGGCCUGGACAUAAGUACGAGUACGGAGUCAUCGAACUUGUGUAUUGGUCUAUUCGUGCCAUGUUCAACAUUUUUGGAGCCGUUUGUGUCUGCUCUUUAUACUUGACGUGGCGUGACGAAGAGCUGAUUUUGGGACGGUUGCACGAUCUCACCCUGGCAAACGUCGAGGUAGAGUCACAAUCUGUCGGCAGCAUUUUUCUCUCUGGGGGAGGAGGAGGUGGUGGCAACCUCUCCGUCUUGGGACGCCAGCAACCUUAUCUUGGCGGCGGUGCAGGCGGCGGCACACUUAUCCGUGGUGGUGGUCACUUGAUAGGAGACAAUCUGACCCUGGCCGCCCUGAAGGGGAAUGGGUUCGGGGGGACUUUAAAAUCCAAGAGUAUGCGAACAACUACAACAUUUCGCGACCAAGUAGAUGUACAGCUUGACGUUUCUCUCGACGUUGACGUCGGUGUAGAGAACUAUAUUAAUUGCGGUGGUAGUGGUGGUAAUAAUGUUAGUGCUAGCGAAAAAAUGCGGGACGACGGAGUUGUUGUUUCGGAUAUCCAUGUCGACCUGGGUUUGAAUAAGUGCUUAGAAAUUGACGUCGUUGGCCUUUACACUUGUCGCAGCAAGAACGGGGUGCUACAACUUGAACAUCACGACCAACGAAGCCCUAGUUUGGUGGGAGGAGGCAGAGAGCCAACCGAUGUCAGCACUCGUGGACGAUUCUGGACCAUCGUGGCGCAAUGGUGUCGUCGCAUUCGCUUGCUUUGUGGUGUUGGGGGAAGUCAACAAUUGGACCAAAAGAACUCGCUUUCUCUGGUUUCAGACUUUGGAGGUUAUGGUUGUGGUCGUAGUGGGGAAACUGACUUGAUUGUGAUAAGAAAUGGUUUCAUAUCCACAUCCCGGACUCAUUUGAAUACAAUCUCUCCACAAACUAAUAAUUCCAAUACUGCACUUCGGGCAUCCCUCCUGAGGAUGAAGUCAGAGUUCAAUCCUGCCUCUCUCUUCGACCCCGCCUCCCGAAAACAGCGCAUCUCUGAAUUGGGUAUCGCUGGUAUCGGUUUGGAACCACCAGGACAAAUUCCCCUACAUUCCAAUGGACCUAGAUCUCGCUCCUUGUGGAACGUUUCCAACGAAGAUUACUGGUCUCGCCCACCCCCUUCCCGUCCCGUGUCGAUGGGUUAUGUCAACUAUGCCCACCAACUUGACCAGUUGAAUAACUACAACAAUUACCACCACCAUCAUCACGCCAGCGACUUGGACCCCCUCCAGUACCACAUCCACUACUCCCCCAAUAAGAGUAGUAACCUUGCCAAUAUGCGAAGUCAGAGUCACACCCAUCUAGCCUCAGUCGGAACUGGUGGUACUCUCCGUGCCAAUCUAAACCCCCUCGGGCAAGUCAAUAAGAACAAUAAAAAUUACGGGGGAUCAAAUCUAUUCUUGACUCGAUCCGGUGGAGGUGGUAGUGGAUGGGAAGAGUUGCGAUCUUUCCAACAAGGUCGCCGUGCCCAGAGUAUGAAUGCUCUGAAUGUGAACCUAAUCAGUAGUUUGGACAUGAAUACUGCCUCGCCAAAUACGAACGCGACUCUCUUCCAGCAACGAUACUACGGACAAAACAUUAUGACUGGAGGGAACGGAGGGUUUAUGCAUAGUCACCAUCACCCCCAUCACUCCACGUUGCAAAGGAGAGAGUGGAGCAAAAGUUCCGUGGACGAUGACGAUGACGACGAGCGAGAUGAUGGUGAUGUUCGAAGUUACCAAGAUAUUCCACUCUGAUAAGACUAAACCAUUCAAUCCAUAAAUUGUCGGCUUUAUUUUUUUCAAACAAGUAACAUUAAAUAAACUUAUCGUUUUAAAAGUUCCAA